UCACAUUUCUAGUUGACAUUGACGUUCUUUAAGGGUGUUGUUGGCUGUUGUUAUAUGAAUUCAUAAUCCUUAUUCAAUACGUAACAUUAAAUAUCUUCUCGGUUGUUAUAUCAUACAUAAUUGUUUGUAUUGUACAUAAAUCGAUACGGUAUUUAGAGAAAUUAUAAUGGGCGAUACAAGAAAGAAGAAAAAGUUUUACUUUCGUAAGCGUAGAAAUAAAUAUUUCUUAGAACCCGGCUUCAGAGGCUUCUUUUGCACGUGUAAUUUUAGAGAAAAAGACUGCGUGAAGGAAGUGUAUAAUUUACUCAACGAGUACGCUAGUAAAUUGUAUCCAGAUUUGAAAUCUGAAGAGGCUCAGGCGCCUGUGGCUACUGCAUCCGAGGACCGAUCGGAUAGUGAAUCUGAAGAUGAGACUGAUAUUGGAGAUCUGCUUAAGCGUGAAGUGGAAUCUAUGAAGAAGGACUCGCAAAGAUCUCUAAAACAUAAACGCUUUCAGGUAGUUGAAACCGGUGCAUCAAAUUGUAUCUUUAUAAAGACUAAUUUGCCUAGCCCAGAGGAGCUAACAGGAGCCAUAAUCAAAGAUUUAUAUUCAACAAAAUUGCAAAAAACGCGACACGUAUUACGUUUACUCCCUAUUAUGGCAACUUGCAAAGCAAACUUGCCAGACAUAAUGGAAUGUGCAGGAAAGUUAUUUGAUAAUUAUUUCCUAAAAGAGCCUUCAACAUUUGCCGUUAUAUUUAAUAAACGUUUUAAUAGCAGUGUCUCCCGUGAUCUAAUUAUUAAGGAGCUUGCUGAGAUGGUUGUCUUGAAGAAUGGGGACAAUAAAGCGGAUUUGAAAAAUCCAUCACUUUGUAUAAUAGUGGAAAUUAUAAAGGGAAUUUGCUUACUCAGCAUUGUGGAAAAUUAUUAUAUGUAUAAAAAAUAUAAUUUACAUGAAUUAACUAAAGAUGAAUCAAAUUCUGAAUUUGAAGGGACAGAAGCUAAGAAAUUUAAAGGAAAUUCUCCUGAAGAGGAUCAAAAUUUGACUUAGUGAGAAUAUUUUAUUAAUUGUGCUUUGCUGUAACCUAGGAUACAGUUAAAAAUCUAGGUUACAAAGUAACUUGGGGCCCGAUACCAAUUCUACACCAAAAUUGUCUAUCUAAUCUUUAAAAUGUAAUAAAACUUAAAUAUUUA